AUAGUGUUCGGACGUAUCAAAUGUCUGAUUUCUGGUUUCCUAACAAAAACAGCAAUUUCUAAUUUUUAAACGUUUCUUUUUCAUCUAUUUCACCUUGUCCAAUCGUUGUGCUCUGACGAUGUACAAACAAACGCUUUGAUGAAUAUUAAACACUUAAACAAUAAAAGGCUUAACUUGUACGAGGGGAGGGGAAAUCAAAAAUCAAACAUACUAAACGUUUCAGAUUUUACGACAGAGCUUUGAAAAUAUUGACGAUAAUGAACUGCGAUCGUAGCAUUUAUACGAACGCAGCAACACAUAUGAUAUUGUGCACGAACGUUGUUCGUUAAUUGACGUGCCAUUAACAAUACAGGUAUUCGUUAUGAUUGUUACGUCGGUAAAAACAGAUUCGCCACGUCGUGCUGCGGAAAUUCGACAAAGACGCGUAAAACAAUGAGUGUGCCGCCAAAUGAAAUCCUUUAUGGUAGGGUGGGUCACGUUUCGGCGCGUUAGUCGGUGCUGCCGACGUGCAUCCAACAGUCGAGAGCUUGGCCGAAAGAAAACGUACGAACGAAAUUCGAGCCCGCGUGUCCGGUUAGAGCGCGUGUAGUUGUUCUAUUGUAGUUCUACGCGGUACUACUGCGCGCGUCAAGUGCAAAAAGUCGAGAAACGGCCGUCGCCGCGUUAAAUGCCAUUACAAUGCUGCACGUAGGUACUGCACGCAUACGGAUAAAAUUAUAAUUUUAAUAAUAAUCGUACCGUACACCGGAUUGACCUUAACAAUUGAAUCGCACGUCCGGCGGCGUUAAACGCGGUAAAACGUCGUAUUUUCUAUCCAUUUAGACACCGCGUACGCGUAUAACAUACUAGAGGGCCGGGGGAGGGGAAGAAAAAACGAGGAUCACAUUUUCGAUUCUCUUUACUCGCUUCGACGUUGUACAACAGACCGCCGGCGGUUUUACAGCGAAUUGUUUUCGUAGCCGAACUGCCCGGCGAGUGCCAGUGCGCAAAUCCAACUCGACAUCGCGUCCACGGCCAAAUAUAGUGUUAUAUCGAUACAUUUUUACGUAAUUCUAUGUUAAAAUCGUAAUGGAGCUGUCCAGAGGCAUGUAAAAAAUCUCAAAGGUACGAACUAAAAACUAUUGGCAUGCAUUUAUUCGUGAUGUUUUUGAGGUGUACAAAUAUUUUCCGUAUGAAAACUAACACGAAUCAAACCAGGAAUUGACGUCACAUUACCCAAAAGGUAGAGUGCAUCGGGUUGACCUCAAGUAGGUGUGCGUUUCGUCGUCAAUUUCGCAAAUUCUUUGGGCGAUUUCCGAGACACAAGACGCUCGAUCUAGAUUGUUUUCUCGCAUACGGACGAUAUCCAUUAAAACGUACACGUAGAUCCUUCACCAAACCGUCCGUACGACGUGUACAUCACAUACUGAACCGAAAACUCAAUAUGGAGGAUCUGAAUUGGAUUUUCGAAUGCAGUGCGUUCGCGAUCAUGCUCAGCCUGUCCGUGGUCGUUGGUCUAUACUACGGGUGCGUGGAACGCAAACAGAACACCGUCAACGAGUACCUGUUGGGCGGCAAGCACAUGUCCGUCUUUCCGAUCACCAUGUCACUGAUCGCCAGCCACAUUUCUGGAAUAACGCUGCUUGGAGUCCCAUCAGAAAUCUACAGCAAUGGGACGCAAUAUUUAAUCGUCAGUGUGAUAAAUGUUUUUAUUAUUGCCACCAUAGUAUGCAUAUAUUUACCUGUGUUUUAUGAACUUCAACUUACAUCAGUCUAUGAAUACUUAGAAUUUCGAUUUAAUUCUAAGAUCCGAGGAUUUGCGUCAUUAAUUUUUGCUAUUGCACUUGUACUGUACAUACCGGUAGUAAUUUACAUACCAGCUUUAGCGUUCAAUCAAGUCACCGGAAUCAAUGUACACUUCGCCACUCCGAUAAUAUGCGCCAUAUGUAUAUUUUAUACCACUGUCGGUGGACUCAAAGCAGUCGUGUGGACAGAUGCGAUUCAGAGUGUAUUCACUACUGCUUCAAUAAUUAUUGUGAUCAUCUUAGGAUUAAUAGAAGUCGGAGGGUUCGGUAAUGUGAUAAAAGCCAACGAAGAAGGUGGCCGAAUAGAAUUUUUCAGAAUGGAUCCAAAUCCAUUUUUGAGAAACACAUUUUGGACUGUCAGUAUCGGUACGAUGUUUCAAUGGGUAGCACAGCUCGGUAUUCAUCCAGGUGCUAUUCAACGGUUCGUGGCGUUGCCUACGUAUAGUAAAGCUCGCAGCUCAUUGAUUUACUUCGUGCUAGGGAUGGCCGUCGUUAAAGUGUUGACUGGUACUGUGGGAAUGUUAAUGUAUACCAAAUACAAAGACUGUGAUCCCAGUUUAGCCAAUUACAUCGAAAACGAUAGAAAUUUACUGCCAUAUUUUGUGAUGGACGUUGCAUCCAAAAUUCCAGGAAUAACUGGUUUAUUUAUUUCUGGUAUCAUCAGCGCUGCACUUAGUACAAUGUCAGCACAAUUGAACACUGUGUCCGGUACGAUUUACGAGGAUUUUAUUGUGAAAAUGAUGGGUAUAAAAGUUUCUGACUUAACAGCUAGUAUAAUUAUGAAAUGCACAGUCGUAAUAACGGGGAUGAUAUGUGUAUCCUUAGUGGCAGUAGUGGAAAAAUUAAACGGAAUUCUCCAGAUGGCAAUAAGUUUAGGUAGCGUGACGAAUGGUGCAUUAUUAUCCGUGUUUACAUUGGGACUUUGUUUUCCAUGUGCUAACGCUAGAGGUGCGUUGUAUGGAAUGUUAUCUAGUAUAGUAAUUAUGUCCUGGAUUGUGUUUGGUGCUCAGUAUGCAAUAUAUAACAAAGAAUUGAAAUUCGUGGAAAAAGACGUUUCAAUAGUUGGAUGUCCACCCGAAUUACAUUUUAAAAAUCGUACAGAUUUUUCGGGGUUGGAGCGAUUAAACGAAGAUGUUUUUGUGAGUGAAAACGUUUGGAAAAUCUACACCGUUUCAUAUAUGCAUUAUAGUACGAUAGGUACUCUAGUUGGUAUCGCAGUUGGACUCGUCGUUAGUUUGCUAUCCCCUACAGAACAGAAAUUAGAUCCAAAGCUUGUAACACCAUUUAUACGAAAGUUUGUGUAUCCCAGUCAUUCGACCUCUCAGAAUUCAAAAGAAACUAAUAUCGAAGAACAAGAAAUGGAGAACACUAAAUGUUAAUGACUACAAAUAAGGGUCAAUCCACGAAAUGCAAUCUAAACUGAAUGUUAUAGGAUUUUAAUUUCAGCUCUAAAUUUAAAACUUUGUUUUGUAAAUUUGAAAGAUAUCGUGAUUUCGAUUUAGUACUUGAUGUCAUGACAUGUAUCGAAUAUGAUGUAUACACAUUUGAUUUUUAUUUAUUUAGUUUUAAUGAGUAUUUAUUAGUAGAUCAACAGCAGAUAUUACACAUGAAUCUUUCUUUUAUUACUCUAUAUACCUCAUAACCGAGGUUACCGAUUUUGAAAUUAUUUUAUUCUCAACAAUUAUUUUUUAGCAUAAAAUAUUACCGAACGUCAUAAUCUUUUGAUUAAAACUGCAUAUUUAUUAUUA